AUGAACACUGAAAGUGCACCCACCACUCUUUCGGAUGAUACUCCAUCUCCACUUGAAUCAAAUACCAGUGGUACUAGUACCACCAAUACUCCUCCAUCCACUCCUACCACUUCUUCUUCUUCUCUUUCGGACACGUUCAAAAGGCUUAUCAAAUCCAAAGAACCAACAGCCUUGAUUGAUCUCAUUCGUUUUAUUGAAAACAAGAAUCAAUUCAAUACUCUCUUAGAAACCAAUUCUAGUCAUAUGAAUGAACAACAAAUUGAUAACAUCAAAUUAAAUGUGUUGAAAAGAAUGAUUCAUCUAUUGAACAUCCAUUACGUGAAUUAUUAUUAUAAGAAUUAUAAUACAAGUGGAGUGAACACGAACAAUACUACUAUUAGUAGUGGUCAUCUUCAUGCUCAUGUCAAUAGAGAAUUUGUGUAUUUAUUCAAAUCGACUCACUACUUUUGUGGAGAUGGCACCAAGCUACAACAACAACAACGCUCAUCCAUCAUCAACAACCACAUGACUUUGAUUCCUUCUCAAAAAUUUACUCAACUCAUUGUUCAUGAUCUUCUCAAAUACUAUGAACAACAUGAUUUGUUGAACGAAUACGUAUUGACUUGCCUCUUGUUGAGAUUCUAUCAUCCAUUAUGGACAACCAAUGAUUUACAAGAUGCUUCUUCAACCUUUUAUUCUUCAUUCACUCAAGUGUUGAUGAAUACUACCAAAGCCAAUGUCAAAAUUCAAAUGACUAAUGAUGCUUGGUAUGCCAUUUUCAAACAAAUUUACACACACAACAAGCAAUAUUUAUUUGGACUUGUAGACACGUUAGAUAGAGCAUUUAAGAGAAGUAAACAAACACUGGGUCCAAUCAUUGCUCAAAUCUACAAUGUGUGUUGUAAUGAUCCUGAAAUGGUUAAGAGUCAAGUAUUGAAUAACAUUUUAUUAGAAAUGUUAAAAUUGAAGAGUGAAGUUGUUCUCGUUGAGAGUGGUAUUUCCAUGGUGAUUGCACAAACAUUGAAAUCUUCAUUUGAUAAUGAUCAAUUAGUAAUCAAGAGAAGUGAAAUUCAAUUGUUGGACACAAAGAUCAAACAAGCAUUAUUUGAAAGAAUUUAUUUCCAAUUAAUGCUCUUGAAUAAGAAUAUUGACCAAAAGCAUUGUUUUAUCAAUCUCAAAACAUCCAUCUCCGUGUUUGAUAAAACAUUUAACCUCAUUGGCACAGGAUUAAGGUCUGAAAAGAAUAUUCUAGAAUUGGUGUCCUUUUUAUUUGACUAUUUGAAUACCACACCUGCCAUGACUGAGAAUUGUCAAUCUCUCAUUCAUGUCAUUAACAUUCUGCGAGAAUUAUUUACAGAUUUCAAUAUCAAACAAAUUGGAGAUGUUUCGUAUUUGAACUCAACUCAACAUAUUUUGACAACCUUCCAAAAGACCUUCAAAUUAGAAGGAGAUGAAAUUGUUGAAGUGAAGAAGACUCUCCUUUCAUUCAUUUCCAUUGUUUGUGUUGAAUUGUUGAAUGUAGACAUGCCAUCUCCAAAUAUAGAAACACUUUGUUUGGAUGUUAUCAAUGCCUCUGAAAAGAAGAAAUCACUUCGAUCUCUUGCACUCUAUUGCUUUGCUUUACUUACAGAUGGUGUUUUGAUAUUGAAUAAGGAGAGUAUUGUCAAAUCAUUACAACAACAUUUAAAGAAAAUCCUUUCAUUCCUCUUUACAAAGGAAACACUAGAAUACUUGACACAACCUAAAGAUUAUAAUGCUCUCUCACAUGUUGUCAAGAAUGUAUUAUUUGCAACAAGUUAUGGAGAUCAUUUUAUUAGACUUUCUAAAAUGAUUUCAUCAUCACUCUCGAAUGUCAUCAAAAGUGAUUUAUAUUACAUGUGUUGUGUUGCAUUAAGUAAUGCUAUGGAUCAUCAUAAUCCACAACGAAUGUUAUCCGAACAUGUACUCCAUCAAUAUUUAGAGUCGAACAGCAAUUUAUUAGAACAAAUUUUGGUUGAGGGUUUCUAUGGACGGUUAUUGAUUGAAUUGGAAGAACAAACACAACAACAAACACAACAAUUAGAUGAUGAGCACAUAGCAUAUACAAAACCAUCUUGCAUCUAUACUCAUAGCUCUUUGAAAUUUGCCAUUGAUACAUUGAGAGAUUGUUUCAUUCAGAAACAUUUCAAAAUUGAAAAGAUGAAUCUCUACAAGUUAUUCGUCAUGAUGCAUCAUCCAUCCAUUGUUGAAAAUCCUCAUACUCUUGUUCAUCAUGAGCGAUACAAGUCGUUAUUAUUGAGUCCUUUAACACGUGUGAUGAGCAGAUCCAAUAGUAGUAGUAGUAGUGUGGGUAGUAGUGUGGGUAGUAGUAGUAAUGAUCACAAUACUCAUGAACAUCAUGUGGAUGAACUCGCAGAAUAUUUGAUCAAUGAAAUUGAUAGUGAGAACACUAUUCGAACUCCAAUGCGUACAGCUAUUGCAUAUUCAUUGAUUUCAUUGCUGUUAUGGAAGCAUGCCAAGUUUAGUCACAAGAUCUUUGAAACCAUUGCCAAACGAUUAAGCACACAUGUUCACUUUUUAUUUGAAAGUAAUGAAUUUGACAAUACUGACUUUAUUAUUUUCAAUAGAAAAUCAGAAGAGCCUUAUCAUGAUUUGGACAGUGAAGUGAACAAGCAUCCAAUUUAUCGACAAGGAUCAUCUACCACUGAACUUUUAACUGAAAAACAACUCGUUAGAUAUUAUCGAUAUCAUUUGACAGAUAAAGAAUGGGAAGUUAUUCAAAAUAAGGAAAAGGCAAUCAAGAAGAAUCUUCAAGAAAGUAGAAAACAAUUUGUUAAAGAAACAAUGAUCAAGAAGGAAAAUGCAGUGAGACAAAUCAUUGAGAAACAAGUUCAAAAAAUUGAAUAUUUACUUGAUGUUCUCUACCAGAUUACUCAAUUAACAGUUGGAGAUAAGAUGAGUGUAGAUAUUGUGACCAAAGGAGGUGCCAGUGAUGAUCAACAAGCUGAACAAAUUGAAACUCAUCAUCAAACUCAUUUCUUGAAAUUCCCAUGGUCUCUUGUUCUUUUCAAAGUCACUGAUUUGAUUGACAAGUAUCGAUACUUUGAACAGUUAGCCUCUCACGCCUUUACUAUUUUGAAAUGUGUGAACAGAAAUACUUUAACUCAUUUAGACUUUGCUUCUCAAAAUAUCAAAACAAGUACACAAAGAAAGAAUACCAUUUCGAAUGAAGCACUUGCAGACAUGCUUGCUGUUGCUACAUUCCGUAUUAGAAAUCGAUUACACGAAGUGACAAUCUCUAGUACCAACCAUACAGAUGAAAGUGGAGUUAAUUCUUCUUCCAAGAAUGUCGACACUCUUGACAAUCAUGAAAGAGUCACUCGAUUCAUUCCUAAUUUUGAUAAUAACCUUCUCUUUGGAGAUUAUAUCAUUCACAAGAUUCGUCUACAAUUUCCAAACAUGUUAGAAGCUGAGGAAUUUACAAGUGUGUUACCAUUCCUUGAAGCCAUGUUGAAUAGACAAUCCGUCAUUUCCAAACCUGAACAUCGUUUUGAAUCAAGUACACUCACGACAUGCAUGUCUAUUUUGAGUGCACAUGCUGGUAAAACUGAUUUAUCAAAUAUUACAAGAAACAAGGUGAUGCAAAUUUGUGUGAAUGAAGUUUUGCCUUUCAUUCCUCAUUUGAACAAACAAGCAUUUAAUUCUAUUAUGGCUAUGGCACCGUAUCUUGUAGACGAAUUUUCACCUCUCAUUACAUCGAUUAUUUAUUCAGAAAUGGAAAAUGUGAGAUUGUAUUGUUUAAAGACAUUGAUUCAAUAUUUAACAAGAGGAGAUUUGAAAAAGUUAUCUCAAUCUCAAGAUAUCAAAUUUGCGUUAUUCUAUGCUCAAUACGACACGUGUGAAGAAGCGAGUAAGAUUGCAAAGAAUGCCAUUCAUGAACGUAAAUUAUAUUCCUACAACUCGACGAGUGAUGUCGAUGAUAUUGUUGAAAGAUGUUUACCAUUGAUUUGUUGUGAAGAGGAUGUACUACUCUCUGCCAUUCAUCAUCCUCCAACGUAUUACAGUAGAAAUAAUUCUUGUUUGGCUUUGACUGGUGCUCUCAAAGAAUUAACUCAAAAUGACAAGAACAAGCGAAAUAAUAUCAUUCAUCACAUUCUCAUGAAAUCAACCAAAGUAUUUGAAGAGAAACAACAAAAGAUUCAAAAAGAAUCUGAUUUUGAUCCUCUCAUUACCAUUGCAUGGCUCUUCCAAGAAAUUUCACCAUUUACUUAUACCAAGAAUGAUUUGACAACACUCUUUGAUUUUGUUGUACAAACAGGAUUUAAACAAUUAGAAACAAGAUUUGAAGAGCAAUAUCAAACUCUAUUAGAUGAAAUGGUCAAUGUAGGAUUAGCUCUCGUAUACAAUCAUGGAAAGGAAAGUACAACCGUCUUGAUUGAUUUAUUUGAAAAGUAUUUGAGUCAAUUACAAAAGACUUCCAAUGAUUUUGCUACCGCUACUGUGGUCGUAUGGUACGGAAGUGUUGCCAAACAUUUUGAUACUUCCUCAUCGUCAAUACCUAAAAUUAAGAAGGCGAUUGAUCAAUUAAUUGAUGCAUUGAGUAUUCCAUCCAACUCGGUUCAAAAAUCCAUCAGUGAAGCACUCUCUCCUCUUAUUGCCAGUAUCUAUCAAAAAGAGAAGGACUAUAUUUUCAAUGAGUUGGUCAAUAAGCGAUUAUUGCCAUUUUUAUUGUAUGGACAAACUCAAGUGGGUAGUAGUGGCAGCAAGGAGAAGGCUUCUACUCCAAGUGCCACCUAUGGAAUCAAACGAGGCUUUGCAUGGGGUUUGGCGGGAGUCAUGUACGCAUGCGGACUCCAUGAUACGUAUCAAUAUGCCAUCUCUCCUCUCAAUCAAUACUUGUCGGGUGGUAAGGCUGAUAAGAGAGGUAAAGAAGGAUGUAUGCUCAUCUUUGAAUGUCUCUCUCAAAGAUUCUUAAAUCUCUUUGAACCAUAUAUUGUUGAAGUCAUGCCAAGUAUUCUCAAUCAUGCAUUGAGUGAUCCAUCCAAAGAUGUAAGAAUGGCAGGUGAACAAGCAGUGAGUGUCAUUCUUUCUCAAUUAACACCAUAUGGAGUGGUUCAAUUAUUACCAACAGUCAUUCAACCAACAUCCAAUGAUAAUUGGAGACAAAAAGCAGCUAAUAUUCGAUUAUUGGGACAUAUGGCCUAUUGUGCACCUAGACAACUCUCUACCUAUCUUCCAACCAUUAUUGGAAUUUUGAAAGAAGCAGUCAAUGAAACACAUCCUGAUAUCAUUGAAGCUUCAAAGAGAAGUUUAGAAAGAGUUGGUGGUGCCAGUCGAUCACCAGAGAUUUCCAAACAAGUACCACUCUUAUUGGAAGCAUUGACAAAUCCAGAACAAAAGACCAUUGAUAAGGUUUUAGAAUCACUUUUAUUCACUCGUUUCACUCACUCUAUUGAUAGCGCUUCAUUGGCACUUUUAAUGCCUGUCUUGACAAGAGCACUCAAUGAACGAUAUACCGACAUCAAAAAGAAGGCUUGCCAAAUUAUUGGUUCUAUUAGUGCACUCAUUAUUGAUCCUAAACGAGAUUUAUAUCCAUAUAUGGAAUCUUUGAUACCAAUUCUUAAAAAUAUUUUAAUGGAUCCAAGUCCUCAAGUUCGUGCCAGUUCAGCCAAAGCCAUUGGUCAAUUAUGUAAAUCUGUUGGUGAAGAUAACGUCUCUGGUGUCAUGACAUGGCUUCAUGAAAAGUUAAAACAACAAGGUGCAGAAUAUAUUACUGAACGUUCAGGUGCAGCACAAGCCUUGUGUGAAAUUAUUGCAGCACAAGGUGUUUCUAGACUUCAAAAGUCACUUCCAUUCCUUCUUUCACAAAUUGAAGGAGAUCAAGUUGAAGAAGGUUACAUGCAAGUAUUUGUUUAUUUACCUGCAUUGAUGAAAGCACAAUUUGAACCAUUCUUACAAUUGUGUUUACCAAAAAUUUUGAAUGCACUUUCUCAUCCUAAAGAAAAUAUUAGAGAAACAGCAUUACAAAGUUCUCGAGUGAUUGUUGAAUUGUUUACAGAUAGUGCCAUGAAUAUUCUUGUUCCAGCUCUACGUGAAGGUUUAGAGUCUGAAGAAUGGAGAACUCGAUACAAUUGUCUCGUAUUGUUAACGGACUUGUUAACUCGAAUGACUGUAUUGUAUGGAAAUAGUGAAGAAAUGCAAAAAGUUGAAGAAAAUCCAAUUCAACUCAGUGUUGUUGAAAGAGUUCUCUCUACCGAUAUGGUUGCUCAUGUCAUUUCAUUAACAUUUAUUGCAAUGAGUGAUAUUAAUUUGAAGAGUAUUGCUAACAAGUUAUGGAAAGAUAUGGUUCCUAACACUCCAAGUACUCUCAAGAAUUAUUUACCUCAAAUUAUUGAAAGUAUGAUCAAACAUUUGAAUAUGAGUGAAGAUCAAAGAUUUAUUGCUGGUAAAGCAUUGGGUGAAUUGGUGUUGAAAUUGGGUGAACGUGUGUUGAGUGAAUUAAUACCCAUGUUACAAGCUCAAUUAUUGGAUGUCGAUUCGAAUCCUGAAAAGAGACAAGGUGUUAUUUUGGGUGUUACUGAAUUGAUGAGUGCUGCAUCGGAUAAACACUUACAAGCCUAUACUCCUAAAUUGAUGGCCAUUGUCAAGAGAGGAAUUUGUGAUCCGGAUUCAAGUGUCAGAGAUUCAUCUUCCAAUGCCUUUGAUGUGUUGUGUAGUAUUAUGGGUGAACGAUGUGUGAAGGAUAUUCUCUCACAGUUAUUGAAUGAUUUAGAAAAGGCGGACAAGCCACAAAUUGUUGAAAUUGCAUCCAAUGGAAUGCAACAAUUGGUUCGAGUGAGACCUCAAAAUGUUUUACCAAAAUUAAUACCAGCCUUGUUACAUACUAGUUCUACUACCCAUACUAGUUCUACUACCCAUACUAGUUCUACCCAUACUAGUUCUACUACCCAUACUAGUUCUACCCAUACAACAACAACAACACCACUCUUAACCGACACUCAACUCUCAACAUUGGGAAAUGUUUGUGAUAGUGUCUAUGAAUAUGAUCAUAUUGAAGAAAUGAGUGAAUUUAUUUUACCAAUGAUUGAAAAGUUAUUAACUCAAUUAUCACAAAGUCCAUACAUUGAAAGUGUUACCAAUGUGGAUGAAGAAUCGAUUCUCAUUUUACGAACCAUUUCAAAGGUAUUACAAUGUCUGGAUGUCAUUGAAGGAUAUACCAUUUUUGAAUUAAUUGGUAACCAAAUGACUUCCAAUGAUGCCAAAGUAAGAAGAUCUGCAUGUCUAUUCAUGCAAAUGAUAUUCAAUCCUGACAAGUUGAAUGAAGAGACGAUCACUGAAGAUUUUAUUACGUAUGGUCUAUUACCAAUUUAUGAACAUUUAAUUACAGCAUUUAAUGAUCCUGAUGAUAUGGUCGUUCAAUGUUCAUGGCAUUCCAUUGACAAGUUAAUUAACAAGUGUCUCUCUAAAGAAGCGCAUUACAGUGAUUUCAUUCAACCUACUCGUGAAUAUAUUCGUAAAUUAACUCAAGUCUCAAGUAUUACAGGUGAAAUUAUUCCAAUUGAUUUACCUGCAUUUAAUAAGAUUCAACGUGGUGUUGAACCAAUUUUGAAUUUAUACAUUCAUGGUCUACUCUUUGGAAAGACACCUGAAGCACGUGAAAAUUCUGCAUUGGGUAUUGGAGAUGUCAUUCAAAUGACUCAAUCCAAACAACUCUCUCCAUAUGUCAUUAAAAUUACAGGACCAUUGAUUCGUGUGGCUGGUGAUCGAUUCCCAUGGCAAGUGAAGGCAGCCAUUCUUCAAACAUGUUCUUCAUUGAUGGAUAAGGGAAGUUUAAUGUUGAAACCAUUCCUUCCACAAUUACAAGCAACAUUUAUUAAGGGAUUACAAGAUUCCUCUGCAUCUAUUUUAAGAAAAUAUUCAGAACAAAGUAUUCCAAAAUUAAUUGAUUUGGGAUGUCGUGUCGAUGCAUUGGUGAGUGCAUUGAAUGUUGCUUUGAAAACCAAUGCAUUGGCUGGAAAGGGUGGAGGAUCUGUGAAUGAUUUUGUCAUUUCCAUUACACGAACUUUGACGACCAUUCUCACUCAGAGUUGUGAUCAACAAAAGACAAAAGGUGUUCCCUAUGAUCAAUGUAUGGACACAUUGAGAAAGAUUUUAGGAUUGAGUGAUUCACAAGAAUGUUUGAAUAGUCUUCUCACCAAACAAUCCAUUCAACAAGACAGUGAUCGUAUUUUAGAUAUUUGUGCUCAAUGUUUAUCCAUUUGUUGUCGAGGAAUUUAUUUGCAAUCCACUAAGAAUAUCAAUGAUAGUAUUGUUGAAUUUAUGAGAGGAGUUGUAGCACAAAAUGAUAACUUGUAUGUGACUUUUGUGGUCAUGUCUCAUUGGGCAGUAGAUUCUGUAUUGGCGGAAUUGUGUUUAUCAAGUGUGAAGGAAAAGAUUGAAAAGGCAUCCAAUGAUCCAACCAUUCAAAGUAAGGUUGCAAUUUCGCUCUCAAAAGCAGCUACAAGAUUGGCAUUACAAUAUCACAGCGAUGUUUCAUUAUCCAAUGACAUGUUGAAUGUGUUAAAGAUUCAAUUUGAUAAGGCGUAUCUCAAUGCCACUGCUAAUACGAAUGCUCUUCGUUAUGAAAUUGCUAAAUGUAUCAAGAAACUUGUGAAGACUUAUCGUGAACGUUAUAAUUAUGCUAAAAUGUUUGAUUUUGUGGAUGCUUUGAUGCAAAUGGGAAUUAAGGACAAAUUCCCUCCAGCGAAAUUGUGUAACGAGAGAACUCUCUUCUACAUGUUAGGAUUUGCUGAUAAUGACAAUAGUCGAGUCAUUGCUGAAUAUAGUUCAUUCAAGAAACUUGGAGCUAAAGAAACAAAGAUGGUUGAAGAUUUUGGAACCAAAGUGUUGUCCAAGUUGAGUAUGGAAGAUUCUGAUUUGGAACGAGAUGAAGAUGAGGAAGAAAAGUUUUAUGAAUAA